GACGGCCGUGGUCCCCGUCAGAUACCCGCAAACUUUGUCGACUUUUACUGUGGAUUUGGCGUGGACGCUGCGAGCGUUUUAAUCACGUGGUGUUCUUUACGUUGGGGCGUUUUAAGACGGUUUUCCAUCAGACAGGAGUUUUUAUUCGGUCUUCAGCCGUUAUUUAACGGUUCUGUCCUGUCGAACGGUUCGCCGUGUUUUCGGUGGGGUUCCGCUUCUUUUUUUCCCCUCUCUGUCUUCGAUAGAACGGGAACGGAACUUUGUGGGCCGCCUGGCGUUUUUUUUUUUUUUUUUGAGGAUUUUCAUCGACAUUUGGCUGCAGUUUGGUGCCCAAAAAAACCCGAAAUGCAGCGCGUCAGUAGAAGCUAACGGUCGGUGGACUACAGCUCGUUUUGUCUGUCCCGGAUCCGGUUCUGGUUCUUUAGGUUUUGUGGUUUUUGUCCAACAUGCCCAAAGACUCGGUCACUAACUUUAACCUGCUGAACCGAACGUGUAAGCUGGUGGUUCUGCUCUGCUUCCUGCACAUUUCCGUCACCGUGGUCUUCUACGUCCGCUCUCUGGACCUCCGGUUCGCCUUCGUCCAAAACCAGCAGCAGUCCGGAACCCCGUCAAACGCACUCAGGAACGCCAAAACCCACACCGAGGACCCGGCGGACCGACCGCUGUACCAUCAGGCUCAGGGCAAAGGUCAGCAGGGUCAGAGCCGAGGUGACCCGAAAAGACCCGAGCAGAACGGAGUCGAAAAACCGACCCGGAUUCUGGAGGAAUGUCCCGAGACCUCCCCUCUGCUGGUGGGUCCUCUGUGGGUCGAGUUCAACAUUCCGGUGACUCUCGAGCAAAUCAAGCAGGAAAACCCCAACCUGAUGUCCGGUGGACGUUUUCGACCCAAAGACUGCACGGCGCAGCAGAAAGUAGCCAUUAUCAUCCCCUUCCGUAACCGCGAGGAGCACCUAAAGUACUGGCUGUACUACCUGCACCCCAUCCUGCAGCGGCAGCAGCUGGACUACGGUGUCUACGUCAUCAACCAGGAUGGUGACGAAAUCUUUAACCGAGCCAAGCUGCUGAACAUCGGCUAUGUGGAGGCACUGAAGGAGUACGACUACCGGUGCUUCGUCUUCAGCGAUGUCGAUCUGAUCCCCAUGGAUGACCGCAACACCUACAAGUGCUUCAGCCAACCGCGACACCUCUCUGUGUCCAUGGACAAGUUUGGCUUCAGGUUGCCCUACAACCAGUAUUUUGGGGGCGUGUCCUCAAUGAGUAAGGAGCAGUACCUGAAGAUCAACGGCUUUCCAAAUAACUACUGGGGCUGGGGAGGAGAGGACGACGACAUCUACAACAGGCUGGCGUCUAAAGGAAUGUCCAUCUCCAGACCGAGCAGUGGUGUUGGAAAAUGCCGAAUGAUUCGACAUGAGCGAGACAAACAGAACGACCCAAACCCUCAGAGGUUCGACCGCAUCGCUCACACGAGGGACACCAUGCACAAAGACGGCAUCAACUCUUUGUCCUACAGCGUCGUGAAGAUCGAGAAGACAGAUCUGUUCACCAAAAUCACAGUGGACGUGGGGAAGCCGUGAGCCGGCCGCCGCGGCAAACGAGCGACAGCGCACAGUCUUGCUGCUGUCAAAACCAAAACGUGCCUUAACACUUGAAGAAGGGGGGUUGGUCUGAAGUAGAUCCGAGCAGCUGGACUAGAACCAGCCAGAACCUUCUGAUGUCAACAUAAAGUUUUGUUUGUUGUUACUCCAAUUUCAUUUUUUGCACAAAACCGGAGGGUUGGUGGGGUUAAACUCCACCCACAUCCAAUCAGCUGGUCCCGCCUUCAGACAUGCUGCAGGGUGUUGAUCAAUAGCUUUGAUUCUGCUUGUUGAUUCUUGUUGUCACUGAAGUUUGGAAAAUGUUAAACCAAAGCGAAACCCGCCUGAAUGUCGGAGUGGAUGUGGACUGAGGGUUACAGGUUCUCGUGUCUUGAUGUGUCCGACCAGCCGUCCAGAACUAAAGACAAUCAGUUUAUGCACCAAAUAAAUUUCACUGAUCACGUUUGUGCCAGAGAGCGUUUCUCCCUGAAUGCCGUCACCGAGUCGUACGAUCAUUUAUCGGUCAUGGUGUCCGAUGGCGCCCCCUACUGGAGUAACUUAUAAACGUUCAGGUCUGUGCAAAAUAACGGUCACAUAUAUAUAGUUCAUGUGCACGUGAUGACGUUAAAGCAAAUUAGCUCUCUAAAUGCGCUGUAUCGUUAAGUUUUUAUCGGACGCUACAUGGGCAUUACGCUGGAGUUCACAUGCAAUAUUGUUAAGAUGUUUGUGUUCUUAUCACUGCAUUGUAUCGUUCAUAAGAACACCAUUAAUCUGUUCACGUGUCCCUGAAUGUUUUUAAGUUUGUCUGCUGGUCAAACAGUAGUCAAAUAAUCCCGUAAAUAAUUUGUUUUAUACGUCAUGUUUAAUGUAUUAGUAUUUAAAUCAAAGCGUAAUCGGUGUAAAAUCGGCGUAUUUAACAGUAAGUGUAAAUGAACAUACAGCAGCCAUGUCCCCGUUUGGGGAUGUGUGCCCUUCCAAGGUCUGUGUUCCCAUUCAGGGUUGUGCACCUUCGAAAGUCUGUUUCCCUGUUUGGGGUUCUGCGCCUUUCCAAGGUCUGUGUCCCCAUUUGGGGUAUGCGCCUUUCCAAGGUCCAUUUCCCCGUUCGGGGUUCUACGCCCUUCCGAGGUCUGUGUCCCCUGAAACGCUUCAGGCUUCAGUCCUUCAGCGAAAUGAGACUGAUUUGCUGUUGUCAUUGCGUUUCUCUGCCUCUUCCUCCUGUCGUUUGGCACCCUGGACAGCUGCACGCUCUGAGCUAUUGUAGUGAGCGUUCCAGGAUUUAUUUAUGCUUUACUUACAAAUGUUAUUAAUUUAUAGUCGGACAUACGGAGCUUAAAAGUGUCUUUUGUGUUCUUUGUUGUUGUUGUUGUUUACCAAUCAUUUUGUCUUGGGGCGGGCUCAUGCAGUGACUCAUGGGAUUGUUUGGGCUGUGAAGGACUCACCUUUUCUGUCCUCUUCGUGAAGUUCUGUCCUUCACCAGCAAUCUCUGAAAUAGGACCGCCCCCUCACACCACGGCCUACGAUGACUCCUUCGAAGCGUGUAGCCGCUGGACUGGGACCCAGACAGUGACGAUGGACAGUGUACGCACUCUGACCUUAAUAUUUAAAUUUUUUUAAAUGACAUCAAGUAAAAAAAAAAAGAAAAGAAAAAAAAGGGGGGGGGGGCUUCUUUACAUAAAAAUGAAUGAUGCUCUUUAAUCUCUUUGAAAAUGAAUCUCUACAACAUAAAACCCCAAAUAAUCUCUUUGUGUGACGUGUACACACACACACACACACAUCUUCAACCGCUUAGUCCAAUCAAGGGUCGCGGGGGGCUGGAGCCUAUCCCAGCAGUCACAGAGCGCGAGGCGGCGUACACCCAGGACAGGACGCCAGUCUAUCGCAGGGCCACAUAUAGACAAACCAUCUUUGUGUGACAUCAUUUUUAAAAAGUAAAGGGUGAAGAAAGAGUGUGCAAAUUGGUCUGAGAGUUCCUCCGCGAGACCCACCCCCACUCUGCGAGUUCGACAGGAAUCCAACACGGCAGACUGAUGACACUGUUUUUGGUUGUGACCAUCAGGAGACGCUGCACAAUCAGGCGAUGCAGUUAAUUGUUUUGUUUUAAAUUGCACAGCGCUCGGUGACGCGUUGUUUCUCCUCUGUCGUCAUUCAUGCGACGGCUCAUUUGUGAGAAUGAAUGAUGAUGUAGAAGCUCUCAGCCGAUCAGCAUCCAACGGUCAGAUUAGGAACAGAUUGGCGCCGUCACCACUUCAUAACUAACAAGUUUAGAGCCAUGUCCUCUUAUUACUAGGUGGAGUUUUAAAAAGGGGGACAUGCACAAAAGAGGGAGCCGCCAUGACACCCUGGAAAAGCUUCAACAUGUUUGAGGACAUAAAAUCAAAGUUUGACUGACGUUCGAGUUACUUUUAAAAAAAAAACAGGUGUGUUUUUUUUUUAAAUCCCAUUAGAUUAAUUUCAUGUUCAGUUUGGGUUGAAAGCCCAAAUUUUCACUUUGAAGAAUCAGUAAGCAGAAUUUUAAAAUCAACAAAAAAAAAAAACUGCUUAAAGGCAGAUGGCUGGCCUAACGGGUUGAGUUGGCCCUGCCCCUCCAAGUGUCGCAAGUCGGCCUCAUUUUCCCAUCUGACCCACGUUGGGUUCGGGUUCACGUUGGACCCAUGUUGGCACUCACUGAGAUGAAAAUGAGCAGAACAAAGUUCAUCUCUGAUAUGAUUGACAAUCAUGAAGCCCGCCUUCUUUCAUGGAACCGUGUAAACACUGUCACGGCGGUUGUCCCCAUUUGUUCCUGUCCCAGCUUCUGUCCCUCUGAGCAGACCUCUUCUUGAAGAAAUAUUAAUGUGAGUGUUUUUAGAAAUGUCAAAUUGCUUCUGUGUUGCGAAGCUUUGAAUCGUUGCUUUGUCGUCACUGUUGGAGUGGCGGCUCAGCUGGCAGCCUCGCAUCAGGCGCAGAGCGAACGACGCCACCUCUGGUGGUUUGUCUUGGUGCUUGCUGCUGAGUGUGUCGGUCUCUGGUGAGUUGAAGAGUGUAUAGUCGGGUUGAACGAGAUGUUCAUUAGGGGGCAGUAGCAUUCAGUGUCUGACUCAUAGUUACAUAUAUGAAAGCUGGAGUGAGGACUUGCGCCUGGCCGUGUGCCGGCGAAGAGCCAUUAUCAGAGAGGGGAAAACAGCUGUGUCUGUCUUGGGUUUUUAUUUUUGUUUCUUAGUUCUUCUUGUUUUCUUUAUGGCCUCCACAUUCACUCAGCACACGCUGUAUUGCACAUCUGGGUACUUUGCGUCCUUUUUGCCCUCUUUGGUAAUGGCAGCUGUGCUGCAGCGUUACAUUAGUUGUAUAGGAAGUCUUCACUCCAGCUUUCAUGUAUGUAAACUCUGUGGUCCAGCUGAUCUGAGAUCUCGCGCCAGACGUACGUGUGGUUCUGAAGCACACCCUUAUGAACGUUGUCAGCGUUUGGCCUUGAAAUGAAUUUUUUAUUUGAAGAAAAAUAAGCCAAAGCGAGUUUGGCAACAUGUGCCUUAAACUAGUGUGUUUUUCACUCUGAUUUCAGAGACAAAAAAUAUUUAAAUAUCAGUGCUGUCUGAGCUCAGGGUCCAAAUCCCUGGCGGCUGCUGCUGCGUGCUCUGGAGCCAGAUGCUGAAUUUGAAACGGUUCGGCUUUAGGCCACACCAAACCCGCGCGCACCCGUUUAAAGGGUAACUUAUGAAAACAUUUAUCACUGAAGCCUCUGAAACCUGUUUCACAGUUUCAUCAAACAGACAGGAAGAGACUCAGAGAGGCUCACUGUCCAAGGGGGUGGAGCUUAGCUUUGAAUCAGCUUUGAAUAAGUGUCCUUGUUGGUGCUGUUGGUCAAAAAAUUUAAGUCUGUUCAUAAAAUGUUUCCACAGAGACUUUAAAAAUGUUUCACGUCGACCAAAAAUAAAACACCUUUAUUAAAACUUCUUCAGCUGCACUUCAGCAAGAUAACGACACGAUCGCAGUCAGAAAGCUGUCAUCUGAUUGGCCAAGAACAAGGACGGCACAUUUUGCCUCAAACCAAAACUGACUUCUGUCCUCGGUGGUCCCAGACCUGCAGCAGGACUGUUGCUCGUGUCCCAGAGAUCCCACGCUGGUUCCACCUGGUUCCUGCUGAAGUGCCUUUGAACUUUGUCACAAACCUGACCCACCUGAAGUUUCUGAGCUUUAACAUCUUUAUUCUGUUACCAUCUUAUAAAAAGUAAACAUGGUGGAAGUUUCUCAGUUCAAUAACAUUUAUUUUAUUUUUUUAAUGAUCCACUCUGUGAUUGGUUGGAAUUCUGAUUUUCUGAUUGGUCUUGCUUUAGGAUUUUUCUUGGGUUUGAUUUGUUUCACCGGAUGAUCAUUGUGCUGUUAUUGAAGGUCUUCACAGACAUUGUCUGUAGACAAAAGUGAGUCAUGAGACACUUUGACGUGUUUGAGGCGGACAAAUAAACUGAUGAUGAUGAUGAUGA